AUGUGGACACAGUGGGGUACUGAAGCUCAGGAGCAGCGCAUCACAGUGGCACCCGCCAACUUUUGGAAUCGGAUCUGUGAUUCUUUGCAAAUUAAGUACCGGGAUAAUGCUGUGUUGGGGCUGGGAGGAGGGGACAAGGACGUGACCUUCCUCACGUUCUUCUUCACGCGGCUGGAGCGGAACCGCAGCGGCCGCUACGAGCGCGAAUUCCCGUUCGUAUCCCGCUGCGGCGCGGAGCGCAACCUCCUGCGCUGCGAGCACAGACCCAUCGUCUUCACCCGCCUCCUGCCCCCGGACGCCUCCUCCUCAGCCUCCUCCUGCUCCCGCCGCGCCGUGCUGUCGUUCUGCGGCGGCGGGGAGCGGCUGGCCGUGCCGUUCCGGCCCGAGGCGCUGGUCAUGCUGCCGGAGAACGGGCGCUUGUACCACCCGGCGCCGGGCCGGGCGGGGGGCGCGGGGCCGGUGCGCUCGGCGCUGGCUCUGGAGUGGGGGUCCCGCUUCGAGUACGAGCAGGGGCCGGAGCAGCCCCCGACUCACUUUUGGUGGGAGGGGAAGAGGUAUCGGCUCACGGGGGAGCUGGUGCAGCUGCUGCGGGGAGGGGAAGGGGCGGGGGAGGCGGAGAGCGGCGGGGCCGCGGGGCGGGGGUGAGGCUUGGAGGGGGUGG